GUAUACUAAUACACAUUCAUCAAUUACUAUUCGGGAAUUUACUUUUCUCAUCCAUAACAUUGUCGCGUCGUUCCACCUGCCCUCCAGCUCCAUACCCGGACUUAUCAGCCAGGCUACAAGCAAGGCCGCAUCACUUUUGCGAGCAAAGCGUUAUCGAUUGCUGCUUCCAGAGCUAAACAUCACGCACAGCACGGUUUCUUUGCUUAUAGUCGACAACCGCCAUGGCCUCCUUUAUGGGUGCUGAGGUAGCAGCGGAUGCUAUCCUAAUCGGAAGGUACUUUGGUCGCACUGCUGCAACGUCGGCCCUGUCCCGAGCAACGGCAUCGACUACAGCAUCAUCUGCGGCAACCCGCGGUGUAGCUGGCACCACAGAGGGUGACGGCCCCGGUGUGCGUAUGACGGCCACCUCGGCCUCCUCGGGAGCUGCUCUACCCGCUGGCAUGUCGGCUGCAGGAACCACGGGUGUGGGCGCCGUGCGAUUCAUGUCAAUGUUCGGUGGACAUCGGCGCGCGGUGGACCCGCUUAUCGCCGGUGCGGUCAACCAUUAAGCCCACUAAUAAAGGUGCUUUCUUUCUGGUUGGCGCCAUCGAAAGAUUCGGGAUGCGGUGGCGGCCGUCAAGCGCUGCUGUUGAGAUGGUGUGGGUGAUGUUGAAUCGGCAGCGUCAUUCGGUGCAGUAGGGGUGGAGGGGCCAUGUUGAGCUGGACCCCGUUAGAGCUUAUGCAUUUGCUGGAGGGGA